GCACCAGCACGGGACAUGCAAGCGCGCGAGCUGCUGCGGAACAUCCGGAUCCCAGAGCUGGCUGACUUCCGACAGUACCUCCGCGCGCUGCCCACCCACUCGCUCCUGGCCUUCGGCAGCGCCUUCGCGGCUCUCACCGCCCUGUGUUAUGUCAUGAGGUCCAGGCGCCCCAAGCCACCGGCUGGCCUCUCCAUGCAGUCGGUGGAGGUGGCGGGCACCGGCGGCGCCCGGAGAUCCGCGCUCCUGGACAGCGACGAGCUCCUGGUGUACUUGUACGAUGACGUCCGAACCCUGCACGAGAGCUUCCAGAGGGGCGUCCGCAUAUCCAAGGACCGCCCUUGUUUGGGCUUUCGGAAGACAGGCCAGCUCUACGAAUGGCUUUCCUACCGGCAGGUGGCGGAGAUGUCCGAGUGCGUGGGCUCCGCCCUGGUCCACAAGGGCUUCAAGGCCGCACCCGACCAGUACAUCGGCAUCUUCUCCCAGAACAGGCCCGAGUGGGUGGUCAUUGAGUACGGAUGCUUUGCUUACUCGAUGGUGCCCGUUCCCCUCUACGACACCCUGGGUAGGGAAGCAGUCACUUACAUAAUCAACAGUGCUGAACUCGCCCUGGUCUUUGUGGACAAGCCAGAGAAGGCCAACCUGUUAUUGGAAGGCGUAGAGAAUACGUCCACCCCAGGCCUCAAAAUCAUAGUCGUCAUGGACUCCUAUGAGAGCGAUCUGUUGGAACUCGGCAACAGGUGCGGGGUGGAGAUCAUCAGCAUGAAGGCCAUGGAGGACCUGGGAAGAGCCAACAGACAGAAGCCCAAGCCUCCGGCUCCUGAAGACCUUGCAGUAAUUUGUUUCACAAGUGGAACCACAGGCCACCCCAAAGGGGCAAUGCUCACUCAUCGCAACAUAGUGAGCAACUUCUCAGGGAUUUUGAAAGUGACAGAGGAGGCCGUUGGCCUGAACGCCAGUGACACACUCAUUUCCUUUUUACCGCUUGCACACAUGUAUGAGCAGCUCUUGGAGAGCGCGAUCCUGUGCCAGGGGGCGAGAAUAGGAUUUUUCCAAGGAGAUAUCAAGCUGCUCAUGGAUGACCUCAAAAUGCUUCAACCCACCAUCUUUCCUGUGGUCCCGAGGCUGCUGACCCGCAUGUUGGACAGAAUUUGGGGAGAGGCAAACACCAUUCCGAAACGGCUGCUACUGGACUUCGCCUCCAAGAGGAAACAAGCGGAGGUUCGCAGAGGCGUCAUCAGAAACAACAGCCUGUGGGAUAUACUGAUCUUCCGCAAAAUACAGUCAAAGCUGGGAGGGAACGUCCGGCUGAUGAUCACCGGGGCUGCGCCCGUGUCAGCCAAGGUGCUGACGUUUAUGCGAGCGGUGCUGGGCUGUCAGUUCUAUGAAGGCUACGGAGAGACUGAGUGCACAGCCUGCUGCUCCAUGACCAUUCCCGGAGAGUGGACUGCAGGCCACGUGGGUGCCCCGGUGCCUUGCAAUCUGAUAAAACUCGUCGACGCGAAAGAGAUUAACUAUCUGGCUGCCAACGGCGAGGGCGAGGUGUGUGUGAAGGGAGCAAAUGUAUUUCAAGGCUACCUGAAGAACCCGGCGAAAACAAACGAAGCUCUGGACGGAGAGGGCUGGCUGCACACAGGGGACAUCGGGAAAUGGUUACCGAAUGGGACCUUGGAGAUCAUCGACAGGAAGAAGCACAUAUUUAAACUGGCACAAGGAGAAUACAUAGCACCCGAAAAGAUCGAGACUAUCUACCAACGGAGCGAACCCGUCGCGCAGGUGUUCGUCCAUGGAGACAGCCUGGAGGCAUUUCUCAUAGCCAUCGUGGUCCCUGACGUGGAGACACUGGGCCGCUGGGCGAGGAAGCGAGGCCUGGUGGGAUCCUUCGAGGAGCUGUGCCGCAGCAAGGAAGUCAAUAAAGCCAUCCUAGAAGACUUGGUGAGGCUGGGGGAGGAGUCUGGCCUGAACCCAAUGGAGCAGGUCAAAGGCAUCACUCUCCACCCUGAACCGUUCUCUGUCGAAAACGGCCUUCUGACCCCGACAAUGAAGGCAAAGAGGCCAGAACUUCGGAGUUAUUUCAAGUCACAGAUAGAAGAGCUUUAUUCCACCAUCAAAGAUUAAGGGAGGAGGAACGGUCAGAAGAAACCACACACCUCCACAAUCUUCUUCUCCUGGUGGCUUUCACGUUGGCAAUUUGACUACAUGAGCAUAGGGAAUAAAGGGCACGCCUUGUUUGACGUGUGCAUUGGAUUCUUGUCAUAGGAAUAUUAGAGGAAGCGGGGCUCUGCCUUGCAGUCACCUCCAUGGCAGAUCGUGGACCCACAUGGUGAUGCACCAUUUCCAAAACGAGCCUUAACAAUAGCCGAGGGAAACUAUACCUGUGCUAAGUUAUUUGUGACUUCCUUAGCUCAGAAGGUGGAUGUGGAACUUCUAUCUCCGUUUUUCUAACCAAGGGACUAGGACUUACUAUUCCUGAAUGUCUGCUGCUUGCUGCAAUUUCUGCAGUUGAUGGCUGCUCGAAAGAAUAUGUGCACUGGAAGGAAACUGUCCCUUACAAACAACCAGCCCAGCUGGAGAACUUCACAAGUGGACCAGAGAUUUUUUUCUUUUCUCCUCCCUGUCAGCUCCCCUUCCCCACCCCUUCCCCACGCUCAUGUCUCUUUGAAUGAAGGCUUCUUAAACGCCUGCUCUUCCUCUCACUCCUUUAUUGUUCCUUUUGGAGCCAAAGGUUCCCAGCAAAGUGCAGGACAGACCAACUCAGGACAAUGUAGUUAACGAGUCUCAUUCGCGGGCUGCUCCCAGGGUGAAUGGAUUCUGGUGCUCUUGGGACCUUCUCUCCAGACUCUCCCUCCCUCUGUCCCUGGGCUUAGGAGAAAAUCUGCCUUACACUCGACAGUGAAGACAAGCAUUUCAAGAAAGAAAGAAUCAACUGUGAAGCCUAAGUAACCGUCCACUUUAUCUCCACUGAAUAUCCCUCAGUUUGUAAUGGCCAACGGCUUUUGAAUGUGGUUUUCAUAUCAGAAGUUCCCAUUGUGAUUAACUGGCUUUCCCCCAGAAUAAACUCUCAGGCAAGGUGCAUCUCCAAGGCGAUAAGGAAGUGCAUAGAUGUGGGUACUAAUCGAAAUGGAUGCUAAUAAACUUGCUCUCCUGCCAUCA